AUGAAAGACCACCAUUUUUUUGCAGGAUCUGAAGACGAUACUGUCGAAACUGAACGACCUUUUCAUUCGGAGAAUGAAAGAAAUUUGAGGUAUUUCAGCUUUUGUAUUUCCUUUGGCCAAGUAAAAAAACUAAUACAUAUCAUCUUAUUGCCACUUUUGGGUAUUUUCAGUAAUUGUCCUUUGCGGAAAAUGUUGCGAGAAUUUCCCGGACGACGAUCAUCGUCUCUAACUGAUCUUCGAAAGAUUGAAAUAAACAGGAACCUCAACCUAAAUGUUAGUAAAAGCCAGGAAAGUAUCUCCAUAUCAAAAAGUGAUAUCUCUUAUGAUGAUUCCCACCUGCCAGAUGUUUGGGAAAACUACGAGCGAAGAAAAAUGGUAAGAGUUAAGAUCAGUAAAUAAAAGCUAAACCUAAAAAACUGAGACUAUUCUAACAUGUUUGAGAGCUGACGAAGUCCGCACAUAGUCGCCCGUUUUUGGUCACGUCAGUCAAGGGCCCGUAAGGGGGAUCCCAAAAUGUUCCAAUUGUACAACAUUCGCCCCUAACACGAUUUAAUUAGUCGUUGUGGCUUUUUAACUUUACUGGCUGUGAUGGGAGUUUGCGAAUUUUUCUCUGUCGGUCUCUCUUGCUAAUUUCAUUGGACUUGGCGCUGCCUCCUCGGAUGCAGGUGCCAAUGGACUCGAGAGAGUGUCACGAGGCUGGAUACUUUUGAGAGGGGCCCUUGUGCUUGGCGUCCUGAGGGGAUCAUUUGAAACAGGGAUGAUCUGUCUUCUAAUUCUCCUGUAAGCAAGUCCACAUUCAUCUUCCAGCAGGUACUAUCUCAGCAAAAAUUCAGAUUUGCGCCAUUCCCUUUCACCAUUUGGACGAAACCGUCCUUGUCCCCAACUUCGAGAGAAGGCAAAUCUCUUCACUGCUUGUCGUAAUUAGACUUGGCAUUACGCUGUUACUGAGGAAGCGGUUUCAGAACGUGAUCAUGGCCUACUGGCUGAGAUAACAAGAGACGUCGAUGAGUUGCUAUCAUUGUUCGAGUGCGUCGACUUAUCAGCAGCUGCGCAAGUGUAGCUAAAUGUUGUGGGUCGUGGGUAGGAGUCGUGGGUGUGGGCCGUAAGUGUGAGUAAAUGUCGUGAAUAAAAAUAUAGGAACUAAAAAUUAAAGGGAAAAAAGNAACAGGGAUGAUCUGUCUUCUAAUUCUCCUGUAAGCAAGUCCACAUUCAUCUUCCAGCAGGUACUAUCUCAGCAAAAAUUCAGAUUUGCGCCAUUCCCUUUCACCAUUUGGACGAAACCGUCCUUGUCCCCAACUUCGAGAGAAGGCAAAUCUCUUCACUGCUUGUCGUAAUUAGACUUGGCAUUACGCUGUUACUGAGGAAGCGGUUUCAGAACGUGAUCAUGGCCUACUGGCUGAGAUAACAAGAGACGUCGAUGAGUUGCUAUCAUUGUUCGAGUGCGUCGACUUAUCAGCAGCUGCGCAAGUGUAG